GAUACAACAAAACAUUCCACUGAUAGCCAAUCCGCGAUGCAGCCCAGGGACUGGCAAGAAAGGCCAUAACAGCUACUGGCAAAAUAUUGACAGUUUCUCCGAAACUCGGGCUUAGUUUUUUUGUGACCUUGGCUGAGUAACACCAGUAAGGAUCGGAAAUACUUAGCGCCGAGCUAGGGUGUAGUGAAGUCGGGGAGAGGAGGAGGCGACCGUCCGGACAGGAGAAAAACAAAGAUGGCUGUGUAGUUAGAGAGUAGUCCCGGCGAACUGUCUGAACAUAUCUCUGCUUUUUCCAAAACUGACACUUCCCGGGGUCCGGUGGAUAGUGAGCUGGUACAGGGGUAAAGCCAUUAACCGAUCUGCCGAACCGGGCAGUUGCUGAACGUCCGCUCACGCGCUGGCACGGCAAAUAAAAGAAUGGACAACACAAAAACAUCUGACGGGGUGUUUUGUUAUAGCUAGACAGCGGAGAGAACUGGAGUGUUUUGUGAGCUUGAUACCUAUAGCCUAGUAGCUAGCUGAAUUUCGCUUAUCUGCCAACAUCGCUAAAUAUCCAUCUACAAAAAACGAUCAUCAAAUAACAAUUUAGGAUAUUCCAGAACGUUUUACGAGGGUUCGUGAUUCUAAAUUCCAAGCGCGUUAUUGCGUAACAUUGCCUACGAACAGGCACGCUAUCUAGCUAGCCAACUGACCCUGAGCUGGGUGGCUUGGUUUUCCCUUGCCUGUGACGUUAAACCUGCCAGCUAGGUAACAUUUGUGACGGGUAGCUAGCUAACGCCUGACAAUCACCACCACCCACCAUGUCCUCGGUGGAAGAGCGGGGAGAGGUGGGCGUCGCGGCCACCCCAGGCUCCUCCUCAGGCGGCCUGGGUGUUGUGGCGGUGGGGGCAGCCCUGGAGGCAGUCGUCGGGGGGCCGUCUAUGCAGGAGGAGGUGAGCAUCCGGAGAGGAGAGGGGCUCGGUCCCGAGUCGGAUCCGGACGAGCCGCCGCCCAAGAAGCGGAUGAGACUGCCGGAGGGAGAGUCGGGAAAGCUGGAAGAGAGGCUGUAUUCAGUCCUGUGCUGUACUGUAUGCCUAGACCUGCCCAAAGCCUCCGUGUAUCAGUGCACCAACGGUCACCUGAUGUGUGCUGGCUGUUUCAUCCACCUGCUGGCUGACUCUCGUCUGAAAGAGGAGCAGGCCACGUGUCCUAACUGCAGGUGUGAGAUUAGUAAGUCCCUGUGUUGUAGGAACCUGGCUGUAGAGAAGGCUGUGAGUGAGCUGCCCACAGACUGCCCCUUCUGUCUCAAACAGUUCCCUCGCUCCAGCCUAGAGAGGCACCAGAGAGAGGAGUGUCAAGACAGGGUGACACAGUGUAAGUACAAGCGGAUUGGCUGCCCGUGGAAGGGGCCGUUCCACGAGCUGCCGGCCCACGAGGAGGAGUGCUGCCACCCCACCAAGACUGGCACAGAGCUGAUGGGCAUCUUGGGGGAGAUGGACCAGAGCCACCGCAGAGAACUAACCCUUUACAACUCUAUAUUCUCCCUGCUCUGUUACGAGAAGAUUGGCUUCACAGGUAGGCUAGAGGUCCAGUUCCGGCCGUACCGCACCGAUGACUUUAUAACCCGUCUGUACUAUGAGACUCCUCGUUUCACCGUGUUGAACCAAACCUGGGUUCUGAAGGCCAGGGUCAACGACUCUGAACGCAACCCUAACCUCUCCUGCAAACGCACCCUCUCCUUCCAGCUCAUCCUCAAGAGCAAGGUGAACUCCGCUAUAGAGUGUUCCUUCCUGCUGUUGAAAGGUCCGUACGAUGACGUGAGGAUCAAGCCUGUGAUCCACCACCACGCGUUCAGCAACGACACCAACGAGACAGACUACGUCCCACUGCCCAUCACCGACUCUGUGGAGUGUAACAAACUACUGGCUGCCAAGAACAUCAACCUUCGACUCUUCAUCUUCCAGAUCCAGAAAUAGAUGGGGGGGGGGUGAGAGAGGGGUAGAGGGAGGGGUAGAGGAAGGGGGAGAGAGAGGGAGGAGUAGAGGGAGGGGUAGAGGAAGGGAGGGGGAGAGAGGACGGACCGAGAGAGGGGUAGAGGGAGGGGGAGAGAGGACCGAGAGAGGGGUAGAGGAAGGGGGGAGAGAAGACCGAAAGAGGGGUAGAGCAAGGGGGGAGGAGAACGAAGAGAGGGAGAGCUUGUUCACCCCCUGAAGUUUGAGAUUAAAGUGAUACACCACUGAACCACUGAUACCUCUUUACACAAACACACAUACCACUGGCUGACAUACUUCUGAGAGUUUUAUAGAACCCUAACUUGGGGUGCUUUCAUUGUUGCUAUGAAGACAAGGUGGUGUUGCCAGGGGAAUUCGUCUGUAGAGACUGACAUGGUUCUUCCUAUGGAGACGGGGAUGUUGCUAGGGGAGAGAGGGUGUUGUUGCUAUGGACUCGGUGGUGACAUCUGAGCCUAAGGUAGCACAUACAGUGCAUUCGGAAAGUAUUCAGACCCCUUUCCACAUUUUGUUACGUUACAGCCUUAUUCUAAAAUAAUUAUUCUACACACAAUACCCCAUAAUGACAAACCAAAAACAUGUUUAGAAAUUUUAUUAUAAAUAAAAACUGAAAUAGCACAUUUACAUAAGUAUUCAGACCCUUUACUCAGUACUUCGUUGAAACACCUUUGGCAGCGAUUACACCCUUAAUUCUUCUUGGGUAUGACGCUACAAGCUUGGCACACCUGUAUUUGGGGGGUUUCUCACCAUUCUUCUCUGCAGAUCAUUUCAAGCUCUGGAGCAGGUUUUCAUCAAGGAUCUCACUGUACUUUGCUCUGUUCAUCUUUCCCUCGAUCCUGACUAAUCUCCCAAUCCCUGCCACAGAUGGUUCCAGGUUUCUUCCAAACGUGACUCUUGGCAUUCGGGCCAAAUAGUUCAAUUUUGGUUUCAUCAGACCAGAGAAUCUUGUUUCUCAAGUUCUGAGUCCUUUAGGCAAAUGGGCUGUUAGGUGCCUUUUCCUGAGGAGUGGUUUCUGUCUGGCCAUUCUACCAUAAAGGCCUGAUUGGUGGAGUGCUGCAGAGAUGGCUGUCCUUCUGGAAGGUUCUCCCAUAUCCACAGAGGAACUCUGGAGCUCUGAUAGAGCUCCAAUCGGGUUCUUAGUCACCUCCCUGACCAAGGCCCUUCUCCCCCGAAUGCUCAGUUUGGCCAGGUGGCCAGCUCUUGGAACAGUCUUGGUGGUUCCAAACUUCUCCCAUUUAAGAAUGAUGAUGUGUUCUUGGAGACCUUCAAUGCUGCAGAAAUGUUUUGGUACCCUUCCCCAGAUCUGUGCCUUGGCACAAUCCUUUCUCGGAGCUCUACGGACAAUUCCUUUGACCUCAUGGCUUGGUUUUUGCUCUGACAUGCACUGUCAACUGUGGGACCUUAUAUAGACAGGUGUGUGCCUUUCCAAAUCAUGUCCAAUAAAUUGUAUUUACCACAUGUGGACUCCAAUAAAGUUGUAGAAACAUCUCAAGGAUGAUCAAUGGAAACGGGAUGCACCUGAGCUCAGUUUUGAGUCUCAUAGCAAAGGGUCUGAAUAUUUAUGUAAUAAGGUAUUAUUUAAAAAAAAACUGUUUUCACUUUUGUCAUUUUGGGGUAUUGUGUGUAGAUUGAUGAGGACAUUUUUUCAUUUAAUCCAUUUUAGAAUAAGGAUGUAAUAAAAUGUUUUUUAAAAAUCAAGGGGUCUGAAUACUUUCCGAAUGCAUUGUACCAACCAAAGCAGGAUGGUCCGCGCGCGUUCCAAAGAUGUGAAUGUGAGUUUUGAAUUCUGUUGACCACUCUUCUAGUUUGAUCCAAUGGAGAGGUAAAGGGUGUAUGUGUGUCUUUGAGCCACCUGUAUGCACACACACUCACUUGCUCCCUGACCUGCUCCUACUCUGUGUGUUUAGGACAGGUGUUCAUUUUGUAUCUGAGAGCAGCCAAGACCAGAGCCAAGAUGGCUGUGUUUUGCCCUUUGACACACAGGAGAGGUGUUCAUUUUGUAUCUGAGAGCAGCCAAGACCAGAGCCAAGAUGGCUGUGUUUUGCCCUUUGACACACAGGAGAGGUGUUCUGCAUGCUCCUUUUUAAUUAGCCCUUUAAACAUUAGUUGUGAUUUAUAUAUUAACGUUAUAAGCUAACUUAUACCAAUUCAUAUUUUCUUUUAACCCUGAAUAUUUAAAUACCUGUGAACUUUUCCUUUGUAGUUAGUUUUUUGUGUGUGUGUGUGUGGAGAGACAGAUUCAUUUUGGGCCCAAGUGAACACAUCCCUAUAAACACACUUGCACACAUGUGGACUCCUCCCUCUGCUCUGGUUGGUCUGUACUAGAGACCUGCUAGAAUUGGAGAACCCCAGCUUGCUCUGAGAGAGGGGAAGCCCAGGGUUUGAACCUAGUUUGUCUGCGUGCCACGAGACUGUGUUGGUCCUCUGAGCUGAAGUGUAGGUAUUAGCUUGGGGAGGUACCCCAAGUCAUCUAGUCUCAGAUAAGGCUAUUGGCGAUGGGAGGGUGGUUCAUCUCAGAGAGGGAAAAUAUAACCUGAAUGGUCCACCAGCUCAACCUUGUUCUAGAGGACUAGACCAUGACUCCGGUUCUAAAGGGGGAGAACCCUUUGGGGCAGUGUGUGUGUGAGAGUGUGUGUGUGUAUAGGGGGUGGGUGUGGUGCAUUACUAUGGUGACAUGUUUAUUAGAGCGUUAGACUUACUUGAGUGACGCUAUGAUGAUGAGUGACGUUACUAAAAGUAGAAUCUACUGUGAUAGGUCAGGAGUAAAGACAGAUCUAUCUAGGUUGAGUAUUUCGGUAGAUCUGUCUCACCUCCAGGCCUAUCUAGGGCUUGUAUUCUGUGUUUUAAUGCUUUCUGUCUCUAUACCAAUAGACUCACUGACUCAUCUCACUAUGGCUGCCUUUUUAUUAAAGAUCAUGGAAACGGAAAAAUA